CGCCCACCAGCUCCCUGUUUACAUAACGGUGUUUUUCUCGUCCUUCCUUUAUUGCAGCGGCUGUUUCGCAGAGGUAGAUUCAACAGUAAACGGGAAAUACAACAUGUUUCUAAAGGCUGUAGCUCUGCUCCUGGCGGUCUUCCUGACCGUAGGGAGAACCGGGAUUAUGGGAGGCCCGCGAGAGGUGGACGAGAACCGGGAGGAUGUGCAGAAUGCUUUGAAGUUCGCAGUCACUCAGCACAAUAAAGCCAGCAAUGACGUGUUCCUCAGCCAGGUGUCAAGAGUGAUCAAGGCGCAGACUCAGGUUGUUUCGGGUACUAACUAUAUUUUCAAUGUCGAGAUGGUCAGAACUAACUGCAAAAAAGGUGGUGUUGAGAAUGAGUGCGCCGCCCAUUCAGACCCAGAAAUGGCAAAGCCCCACGAGUGCAAUCUCAAUGUGUGGAGUCAGCCCUGGACAGGCCUCAUCAAACUUACAAAGAACACCUGCUAGUAGAAAUUAAACAACAAAGCCUAGAUUUAAUUGGCCUUUUAAACAACUGCAAUAAUUUUUCUUUAUAAAGUAAUUAACAUUGCAUGAACACACAUAUUAGUAUUAGUUUGCCUGCAGUUAGCAAGAAUGAUUUAACACUAUCACAUGGUUAUGCAAUAACCUUCAAACAUACUUUAAAACAUUCAAAUAUGCUUUAGUAUUAAAUCUAUCAAAACUGUGUACUGCAUAAAUGUUUAAAUUUAAAAUGUUGCAUGAAAAACGUUUAAUUUUGUAUAGUCAUCAGUACAAUGCAAAAUGUCUUCCACAUGAUAUGAUGCAUCAUAUUAAUCACUGAAAAACAAUGCUGUACAUCAAUAAAUAAUUAACUUUGA